CUCUUACAGGCGCCGUCGUCUGUAAAAAGAUUUUUUACCUGCGAUAAAAAAAAAAAGGUUCAGGAGGCAAUUAAGGGUCAUCCCCACUCUUACACCCUAGAUUGUUCCUGCGGCAGGCAUGUCAGUAGCGCUUUUUACACCCUAGAUUGUCCCUGCGGCCCUGCGGCAGGCAUGUCAGUAGGCCGCUUUGACUUUUGUUGCACCUACAGCGUUGGUUUUGAACGUAGCCCAGGCUUGGACUUUGGCAAGAUUUGGUUUGUCAGUCAAGUAAUCAUUUUUUUUUAUCAAAAACCUAAAAUAUGAGUGACAACAUGUGCGCUGAAAUAAAAACGUUGUAUUCUUUAAAAAAAUAGGCCCCAAAAUUUCAAUUGGAGGCCGCAGAACAGUAAUAUCAUUUGUCGGUGGAACGAAAAAAUAUCAAAAUAAUCUACACUGCGUCCGGCGCGGUGGUAAUUAAACUUUGUAUUUUUUGUUUUUUUAGUAAAUAAUUUUUACUUUAUUUUAUUCUCAAUGAAUAUAUCUAUUGUUGAUUAGUUUAAAAGGAUCAAAGCAAUUACUUCGAUGAUAAACUCAUUGUUAAUCCAGAAAAAUUACAACCAAUAUUUAAUAGAGAUACUUCUAGAUGUCCUUCGAAUGUUGGUAGUGGUAACUUGGGUCGAAUGUCGCUUGUAGAGAUCCUACGUGACUACAAUCACAAACAAAGGUGUUCUUGUUAUUGUAACACGCGAACAGUUUUCAUCUUAUUUGGAGUUUGACUUCACUUCAUACAAUAAAAAUUCACGUUUUGACCUACUUAGGCGGUUUAUGUAAUCCGAUAUGUGUUAGAUAGUGUUUGUUUGCACUUAUUGCAAUACCUUUUCGUACAGAUUCUUUGCCGAAAUAAGGAGAAUGUUUAAGUUGCUGGCAUUUUAUCCAUUCCAAUAAGAAUUAAAAAAAAACAAGGGUUAAAAUGGCGAGAUACUACGAAAAUUCCUCAACAUUUAACUAUAGCUGGGACCAAGUAGCCUGUGGGUACUGGAAGAGGUACCCCAAUCCACUGAGCACUCAUGUAUUAUCUGAAGAUACAUGGAGCAGGCAAGUGAAAGAUGGUUGCUUGCACACCAAGAGACUACUAACUAAGACCAACAGGGUGCCUAAGUGGGGUGAAAAAUUCUUCAAUGCAAAGUCAGUCAAGAUAAUUGAAGAAAGCAUAGUGGAUCCAAAAAACAAAAUACUUGUGACAUAUACUAGAAAUUUAGGAUAUACAAAAGUAAUGAGCGUAGUAGAACGAGUGGAGUACCGAUCGGUGGGUCCGGCGCAGACGGUGGCGCGGCGGUCGGCGUGGAUCGACUCGCAAGUGUUCGGUUUCUCAAGAGCGAUACGUGCUUUCGGCGUCGACAGGUUCCGCAAGAACUGCAAUCAAAUGGUGAACGGUUUCAACCACGUACUGAACAGUAUGUUCCCGCGGCAAGGCGCCGGAGCACACAGUAUGUCCUCAGCUCCAGUAGUUCACACGUUCAAAGAGAUGCGUGAAGCCGCCGCUGCCGCCACAGAUAGAGCUAAGGCGAACGUGCUUUCCUCAGUGAAUCGCACGUAACACGACAACGGCCCGGACGCCUAGUGAACUUACUUUAAAACAUAUUUACCCAUUAUAGGGCAGUUCAAAUAUACUUAACUAAUAUAGGACAGUGGUAAAACGAACUCCGAUCCCAUGCAAUAAUGUCGGAAAUUCUCACAGUUACAACUUCAGCGGUGAAAUAAAAGGUGAUUUUUUUAACGACCAGGAGGUCUACUCUCUUUCUCCGAAACGAACUUUCUAUAACGAAUUUCAAACGAAAUUUAAUUUCGUCAAUUUAAGUUUAUAUUGGUGUCAAUUCUGACACUAUUCUCUAAACCUAAACUUAAAUUUGACAACAGUGUAUCCUUGUCAUUCUCUAUACGGAAUGAAAAGGAGAGAUUGAUGUUAAUUUUAGUUUUAAGUUUAGAGAAUCACGCCAGAAUUGACACCACUUAAUUUGAACGAUAAACUAUCAAAUUCAAGCUUUCUUUGAGUAGGCUUAGAAAAUCUACAACUUAAUCAAUAUUCCGACGACGAAUAAUAUUAUUAUAAUUAAUUAAAAACGAACCAGAAACAUAGUAAGAAAAGUGCGAAGUUUCGAUCGAAAUUUCGUUUUUCCUUGAAUUAGAGUAGGCCUCCAGGGGGCCUACCCCCUGUUACCUCUAUGAUAGUAACAGAAUACAACAUGUAACUUUGACAAACAAGCAUUAAAUUAAAUGGCGCGUGGCCUUAUAACAGCUUUUUCUUCAAAAUGUAGCUUAUUAUAGCCUCAAUUAUGGACUAUAAAUUAUAUACAAAUUCGCAGUGUAGCGAAACAGCAGAUAUUUUCUAUAAGCCUACCGCUUUUAGUGAUUGCUAUGGCCAUAGCUGUAGCUUAUGAUUUUAUUUUGUUAUUUUUGACCGUCGAAGGUUUUCAAAUACCUCAUGCUCGUUUUCUUUAAUAUUGUAAUGAUCAAUGCAUAAGAAAAAAAAGAGCGCGAAGCAUUUGAAAACCUUCGGCGGUCAGAAAUAACAAAACGAAAUCACAAGCUAUAGCUAUAGCAAUCUCUAUAGGCGGUAGGCUUAUUGAAACUAUCUGCUGUUUCGCUACACUGCGAAUUUGUAUAUAAUUUAUAGUCCAUAAUCGAGGCUAUAAUAAGCUACAUUUUGAAGAAAAAGCUGUUGUAAGGCCAUGCGCAGAGAAGUCAAAAUUAAUUUAAUGCUUGUCAAAGUGACAUGUUGUAUUCUGUUACUAUCAUAGUGGUAUAAGAAUAGAGUAUGGGAGAUAUAGACACUACAAGUGGAAGUGUCCUUCUAAUAGAAAGAGAAAGAAGAUGAGAUACCGUUAGCUUUCUCUCUCUAAUCGUGCAUGCGCAUUGGCAACCGUAAGCAUCUUACUAUUUCGAUGUGAUGCCAUUGGAUGCCAUGCGUCACAAGAGAGAGAGAUAGGUUGCGGUCUCUCAUCUUUCUCUUUCUACUAGACGGACACUUUUCCCCAGUCUAUUCUUAUACUUCUAUGGUUGUAAGGCCACGCGCAGAGAAGUCAAAAUAAAUUUUAUGCUUGUCAAAGUGACAUGUUGUAUUUUGUUGCUAUCGAAAAAAAGUGACAGCAUUGACUUUAAUGAAUCUUAAAAUAAUUGACGUCUCUGGGUGCGGUCGAUAGUGUUGAUGGAGAUUAAUUUUGAGGUUUGCUACAAGAAAUAAUGAAUUAUAUCGACAGUGGAAAAGCAAAAUAGCUUAUACGCCAUUUUGGUGUUGCUUAAAAAUGUACUAAAUUUCAGUUUUUAUUUAAUGUUUAUUUUUAAGUAGUACCAAAGUGAUGUAUAAGCGAUUUCGUUUUUCCACUGUCGAUAUUAUGAUUAGGAGUGAUAUUUUAUGUUUUAAUGAUUAUAUUGUGCUUGUAUCAUUGAUAUAUUAUAUUUUAUAUUUCAGAGAGUUUAGAAAACCAUUGUACAUAAUUCAUGGGCAUCAAAUUAUCAGUGGAAUAUAUAUAUAUAUUUUUUUCUAUUAUUCCAAUGUUAGGUAGUUAUUAUAAGGUUUUUAAACAGUCCUAUAUUCCACCAGCUUUUCGCCUUAUAAAAAAAACCUGCAGACAUUCAGUUUGGUCCAUAAUGCGUUUUAAUGAAGUUACGACCUUACGAUCCUGCAAUUUAUUUUUCACUGCCAUUGGUGUCGAUUCUGCCAUGAUUAUCUAAACCUAAACUGAAAUUUGAUAACAGUGUAUCCUUGUCAUGCUCUAUACAGAAUGAAAAGGAGAGACUGAUCUUAAAUUAAUUUUUGAGUUUAGAGAAUCAUGCCAGAAUCGAUACUAUUGUUAUGCCAGUAUCUUGUAACAUAAUAAUUAUGAGCUACUUUUAUAUGUACCUAUAACCACAUUCCACCUGGUGGAUAAAUGUUUUGUGUUUACCCUAAAUGGCAUUUUGAAGCUUUAGCUUUGACUGAAUAAUCAGUUUUGUUGAUUGUAUAUUUUGUUGAGAAUAUUGAAAAACAGAUAAAUUGAGAUUAUAUAUUAUGUAAUAUGUAUAUAUCUUUUAUACAUCAGGGGGGCCAAACGCCUAAACGGGAUUGCUAUGACUAUCGCUUGCGAUUUUAUUUUGUUAUUUCUGACCGCCUAAGGUUUUCAAAUACCUCGCGCUAAUUAUCUUUAAUAUUGUUGUUACCAAUUCAAAAGAAAAAAAGGGCGCAAGACAUUCGAAAACCUUCGAGCUAGCAAUCCCGUUAGGAGAUCGGCCCCUAGGUUGGAUUUGAACCAAUCUUUCGCUGUACGGGCGAACAUUAAUGGACGUGUCGAUUUUCUUCUAGUAUAUCUUAAACUUUAUGGCAGCAUAAUAUUUAAAUCAAUUGAAAUAGAAAUUGGUAUAUCUUAUCCAACUCAAGAACUUAAAAAAAGACAAGGAUUUUAAUAAAGAUAGAUUAAAAAACACAAGACAAGUGCGAGUCGGACUUGCCCACUGAGGAGAUUCCGUACAAAAUUGUAGGUACCAAACAUAAACGGCCGUAUCUUUUCUUACAUUAACUAAGAAGUUUUUUUUUCACAGCUUCAAGGCGCCGUAGACCUGAGUCUGAGAAUAUGGUUUUAAAUUUUAACUCGGAGACUCCGCGCGUUCCCGAGAUGAAAGGUCUAGACAGACAGACAGAUGGACAAAUAAGUGAUCCUAUAAGGGUUUAGUUUUUCCUUCUGAGGUACGGAACACUAAAGAUAAAUACUGCACUAUUGCAGUAUUUGUUUGGUGUAUUUAAGCACAAUAGCUCCCCCUUCUCUGAAUACUCUUUAGUUGAAAAUUCGACUUUGUACCACAGGGGAGUUGAAGAUAUGGGGUUACAUAUUAUUAAGCGCUGCCGAAUUUCUCGUUUAUUUGAUGAAAUUAAAAAGUAGGUAGUCUUCUAAAGUCUUGUUUCUCAUUAGAUCGCGGCACGUAACUCUAGCGCUGAACAAUACGCGGAGGUGAUAGCUGCGCAUGGAUACGACUGGAAAGCCAAUCGGCUCACCCGCGCACCUCGUUUCCCCCCAAGACAUCUUAAUUUUUACUUCUGCUCAAUAACGGUCAGCGUUAGAGUUUCGUGCCGCAAAUUAUACUUACCUGAGAAUAAUAAAAUACUUGAACUAUGAGAUAGCAGGGCUGCUGGCUUAUUUAAUCUCUUGAAUUAUUGGAAGGCACUUGUGCAUCAUGGUUAAGAAAAUAAAUAAUUUUACAGUAUUUUCGGCGUGUUAGAAAACCGAACACUUUCAUUAAGAUCCGUGUCGUACUAUAAUUAAUAAUUAUUUAUUUGUUAAUUAAAGAAAAAUAAUAUAUAUUUUAAAAGAAAACGUCAUGAUUGUAUCAAUUUCAGAUGAAAAGAUGAUUAGUGGAAUUGUAUUGUUGAAUUGAACUGUGGCCAUUAAAUGUCAUCAUGUGUAAUGAUCGUACAUAAUAUUGCUUACUGUCUAUUCUUGAUAGUUUACCUAGCUGUAAUUUAACUGUAUUACUAUUAAGGGCCUGCGAUGCGGUAAGCGGGAGCAUGGAACGGACGUCCGCUCCGCGUCUUUGUUUCAUGUUAUUUCAUAGAGCAGCGCUGCGUGAGGCUCCUGCCGCAGCGCUGUUCUAUGAAAUGACAUAAAACCGCACGCGGAGGGGACAUCCGCUCCGUGCUCCCACUAAACGCAUCGCAGGUCCUAGAACGUCUUGCUAAUAAUAAUUAAAGUAAAAUACUAGUAAUUGUAUUUACCUAUAUUGUUUUAACAAAAGCCAUGAUUGACUUGAAAGAUAUUUUUACUAAAUAAAACAUUGUUUUAAAGCUAUCUAGUCCUAUUCCUCGUUCAAAAUUACUGAAUUCACUUUUAUGGAAAAAUAAUAUUCAUCGAAAUUAUUUUGAUGUGUUGUCACUUAAAUACAUUGGCUAAAGCAUUUUUUAAAAAUGAAUUAAAAUAAUAAUUUACACUUCAGUGCAUAGAAUUCGUAGCAUAAAUUUAGUAUUAGUUACCAAUUUCGAUAAGAGGAUCAUUAAAUCAAAUACAUACCU